UUCACAGCCAUCUGACAAAGAUGAAGCCACUGCAGAGCAUUACCUGAAGAGCUUUUACAAUCUAACAGAUGUAACAGAUGAAACAACUGCUGUCCGAAGAGAGGCCAGUCAACUGACUGAGAAGAUGAAAGAGAUGCAGAAGUUUUUCGGUUUUAAGGUCACUGGAAAGCUGGACAAAGAAACAAUGGAGAUGAUGAAGAAGCCCCGCUGUGGAGUUCCAGAUGUUGCUGCGUACUCCACAUUUGAAGGCAAACCCAAAUGGCAGACCAACAAGCUCACCUACAGAAUCGUGAACUACACCCCUGACAUGUCAGUAGCUGAAGUGGAUGAAUCCAUGGAGAAAGCCCUGCAGGUCUGGGCCAAAGUCACUCCUCUGAAAUUCACCUGUAUCAACAGGGGCACAGCUGACAUCAUGAUCUCCUUUGAUCAUGGUGAUGCUUACCCGUUUGAUGGACCACAAGGCACUUUGGCUCAUGCUUUCGCUCCCUCUCCUGCAAUCGGUGGAGAUGCACAUUUUGAUGAUGAUGAGUUUUUCACUUUCCGUUCAUCAAAAGGAUUUGUCCUGUUCUUGGUGGCUGCCCAUGAGUUUGGUCACUCUUUGGGCCUUUCUCAUUCCAACGUUCGUGGGGCUCUGAUGUUUCCCACAUACAGCUUUACUGAUCCGGAUCGUUUCUCUCUACCCUCUGAUGAUAUCAGAGGGAUUCAGUCACUCUAUGGUCCAAACAGAGACAGAACCCCCAUCCACCCUGAUCCAAAAGUGCCAACAACUCCUAAUGCUUGUGACCCUAAUCUGAUCCUGGAUGCAGUUACAACUCUAAGGGGUGAAACAAUGUUCUUCAAGGACAGCUUUUUCUGGCGUAGAUCUCCGAGCAGAAGUGUGGCGCAACUUCCGAUCAAGAGUUUCUGGGCCAGCGCUCCUGAUAAUAUAGAUGCUGCUUAUGAGGAUCUAGUGCAAGAUAAACUUUUCUUUUUCAAAGGUAAACAAGUCUGGGCUUUUAAUGGCAUCAGUCUUGUGCCCGGCUAUCCUAAGACUCUCAGCAGCUUUGGUCUGCCAUCAUCGGUGAGAAAAGUUAGUGCUGCCGUCCAUGUCAGAUCCUCAGGAAAAACACUGCUCUUCAUUGACAAAGUUUAUUACAGCUAUGAUGCGAGGGCAAAGAAGAUGGACAGAGGGUAUCCCCAACGAGUGGAAAGUGGAUUUUCAGAGAUGACUGGAGUGGUUACAGCAGCCCACAUAUCCAACGGUUACAUUUAUCUCUACAGUGGGACAAAUGUGUAUGAGUUCGGAUUAUACAGUAAGAAGUACUUGCGUGAGCUGAAGAAUAAUUUUUUCUUGCCUUGUUAG